AUGUGAACCGCGCCUGACGAACCCUUCUUCAAUCAACCACCCAUCGUCGACAACUCCCUACCGACUACCCCCUCCAACAUCAUUCACAAUGGCCAAGCGCACUAAGAAGGUCGGCGUGACCGGAAAGUACGGUACCAGGUACGGUGCCUCCCUGCGUAAGCAGGUCAAGAAGAUGGAAAUCUCCCAGCACGCCAAGUACACCUGCACCUUCUGCGGCAAGCCUACCGUCAAGCGCCACUCCACCGGUAUCUGGAACUGCCACUCCUGCAGGAAGACUGUUGCCGGCGGUGCCUACGUCGUUGCCACUCCUGCCGCCGCGGCCAUGCGCUCCACGCUGCGUCGCCUGAGGGAGAUUGCGGAGGUUUAAGCGAAAGACGAUGUCUGGUGGACGGUUUCUGCUUUGCAUUUUCGGGCGGUGUAUGGGAAAACCCGGGUAUUGCAGCCUACAUCUUCAUGAGGACGGACGGACCCGGUCUCAAUGGUCUUCGGUCAGCUGCCCAUAGGCACCAAAUGGUCAGCAAUGGAAAAAAGGGAAAUGAAC